AUGUUCGGUUCCAAGAAAUUCUACUUCCCGACACGAUGGCGGAAUCACAACCUCCUGUAUAUACUUAUGGGCGUUGAGUUGCCGCUGGUGGUCAUCAUCCUAACAUUGACGGGUAUCGCGAAUCAUGAUCUCUACCGCACGAAGCUCUGGCAGGAUGGCGCCGACAAUGGCUUCAACAGUGCCCCCAAUGAGGCCCUCUACGCUGCGGCUAAUCACCGCCCGUUCACGACCCCGAUGGUUUGGAGCUCACUUAUCACCCGCUACAACCUCGUCCUCGGUAUCUUGGCUGUCUUCAUGUGGAUCACCAAGAUUCCACUUCACAUCCUUCAUAUGCUCUACCCGCCUGUGUGCGCCUUUGUUCACGCUGGCCUGGUCGCUGUUUGGAUUUACUCUGUACGGUAUCAAGCCGGCCCCGACAUGUCGGAUCCAGACCAUCCUCAACCUGGCGCACCGUGGUAUAUCACCAAGAAAUGCUCCGUGGCCUACGUGAAGUCAAAUGUGCAUUACUGCCAGCAAGCAAAAGCACUAUUCGCAUUUUCCAUCAUCAUCAUUCUCUUCUACUUCGGCAUCACCUGCCUCAGCCUACGCAACUGCAUCAUCACCGAGGAAGAGCGCCUGGAAAUCGAGGAGCGCCAGGAAGACGAGCGGGCCAUGAAGGAGUUCGAGGACUUCGUGCUCAAGUCGCCGGGCAUCCCCAUGACCACGAUGCAGCCCCUAGGCAUGCCUCCCAAGUCCCCGAUGCACCACGUCACCACGGCGCCGAGCGACGGCGGUUCGAGCUCGGACCUGCCCCUGCGUCAACAUUUCAGCACCCCGAACCCACGGCGCUCGAUGCAACAAGACUCGACGGAGACGCUGUCGGACCAUCAGCCCCAGCCGCAACCCUACUUCCCACCGCCACCGAAGAAAGCCGCCAAGAAUUGA